GUGACGUCACCGCGCCGCGCCCUGUCAGGGGCCGCCAUUGUCCACCGGUAGGGCCCCAGGUGUGGGUCCCUGGCACCAUGAGCAAACGCAAGGCGCCGCAGGAGACGCUCAACGGCGGCAUCACCGACAUGCUCGUGGAACUCGCAAACUUUGAGAAGAACGUGAGCCAGGCAAUCCACAAGUACAACGCCUACAGAAAAGCAGCAUCUGUUAUAGCAAAGUACCCACACAAAAUCAAGAGUGGAGCAGAAGCUAAGAAACUGCCGGGUGUAGGAACAAAAAUUGCUGAAAAGAUUGACGAAUAUUUGGCAACUGGAAAAUUGCGUAAACUUGAAAAGAUUCGUCAGGAUGAUACGAGUUCGUCCAUCAAUUUCCUGACUCGAGUUACUGGCAUUGGUCCAUCUGCUGCAAGGAAGUUUGUAGAUGAAGGAAUUAAAACAUUAGAAGAUCUCAGGAAAAAUGAAGAUAAAUUGAACCAUCAUCAACGAAUUGGGCUGAAAUAUUUCGAGGACUUUGAACAGAGAAUUCCCCGUGAAGAGAUGCUGCAGAUGCAAGAUAUUGUACUCAGCGAAGUUAAAAAGGUGGAUUCGGAAUACAUUGCUACAGUCUGCGGCAGUUUCAGACGAGGUGCAGAGUCCAGCGGAGACAUGGAUGUUCUUCUGACCCACCCAAACUUCACGUCAGAGUCAAACAAACAGCCCAAGUUGUUACAUCGUGUUGUGGAGCAGUUACAGAAAGUCCAUUUCAUUACAGACACUCUGUCGAAGGGCGAAACGAAGUUCAUGGGUGUUUGCCAGCUUCCCAGCAAAAGUGAUGGAAAGGAAUAUCCACACAGAAGAAUUGACAUCAGGUUGAUCCCCAAAGAUCAGUAUUACUGUGGUGUUCUCUACUUCACCGGGAGUGACAUCUUUAAUAAGAAUAUGAGAGCUCACGCCCUAGAAAAGGGCUUCACAAUCAACGAAUACACCAUCCGCCCCUUGGGGGUUACUGGAGUUGCUGGGGAACCCCUUCCAGUGGACAGCGAGCAGGACAUUUUUGAUUACAUCCAGUGGCGCUACCGGGAGCCCAAGGAUAGAAGUGAAUGAUGCCAACCCCCCACCCCCAACCCGGCAUAUUCCACUAGGAGUCCUAAUUUAUUUCUUAACCUUUGCUAUGUAAGGGUUCUGGUGUUUUUAAGUGAUUGCUUCCUCUCUGUGCUUAUGAUGUACUGUAAUCAAUAAACCUCUUGAGCUAUUA